GCCACAUCGGCCCUGUGAUUGAAGGGCCGCAGAUAUGUAGAGUCGCGUGAUAGAAUAGGAUCAUGCUAAAGGAACAAUAAUAAAGAAAAUUGAUUUGUUUUUCCAAAUUAGCAGUGCUAGAAUAGGUGACAUAUGUUGACGUGGUGCAGACUCCGUGUAUUGCUGCAGUAUAGGGCACCUCUACAGACAAGAUUCUAUGCAACAGAUACUGAUGUAUACCCAAGGAUUACAGUGCCGCAGAGAAUGUUGCAGAAACUGGCUAAACAUAAUGUACGCAAGGCAAAGGAAGAAGCCAUGAAAAAAAGACUGAGGUUAAAAACGCUUGUUAUUUCAUCAAAGCGGAAAGAGUAUCAGUUUUACAAGGGACAAAAGUUUGAUGUGUUUGACCCAAAACAAUUAGCAUCACAUGGUUGGAAACACAGGAAUUGUAGUUAUGACCACUUCACUCUGGUGUGCCACAAAGCAAAUCCAGCUGUUCCAAGUGAAGAUGGGGCGGAAGUUAACUUUGAACAGUUUGAUCUUGAUGAGAGAAUUUUACAGUUCUUACACAGUGAAGGCAUUGAAAAACCUACCAACAUUCAGAGUAUGGUCAUACCCCAACUGCUUGCAGGCAAACAUAUUGUAUGUGCUGCUGAAACUGGUAGUGGUAAAACCUAUGCCUACCUUUUGCCAAUAGUACACAAUAUAAUACGUCAGAAGAAAGCUGGACUGCUCUCGGACAAGACAAAGAAUUCUCCUCACUCUGUGAUUGUUGUACCGUCAAUAGAACUGGCCAGUCAAAUAAUGGGAGUGUGUGAGAACAUUGCUCAGACAGUUCCUAUUAAACCAUUUCUCGUUGACAGAAGAAGAAAAACUCAGGCAGUAUUGAGAGAGGAUGGUGGACAGGUUAUGGACGUGUUGAUCUCCACUCCUGGGGUACUGACUAGAUUGUUAAAUACAAAUUACAUACAAGUGUCAAAGAUGACCUGUUUAGUUCUGGAUGAAGCUGACACAUUAUUAGAUGACAGCUUCUGUUCACUUACCAGACGUAUUUUAAGGAAGCUUCAGGUUGGGAAAAGUUCUGCUAUUGGUGAAACAUACAUGAAUGAAGGUGUACAAGUAUCAUUAGUCAGUGCCACAUUUCCCAAAGGUCUUGAAGAAAGUGUUGGUGAUGUACUGCCGAUUGACAGUUUUGAACAGCUGACAACCAGACAUCUUCAUCAGUUGAUGCCGCAUGUUCCACAGAAAUUUAUCAAGAUGAAAUCUGCUGACAAGUUUGCAACACUAUUGUCCAUAUUGAAGAAGAAAACGAAUAUGAUGUCUAUGAUAUUUUGUAACAAACAAAAUGCUUGCAUGUGGUUAAGUAAAAGCCUGGAGGAGAUGGGCAUUGACAAUGUGUGUGUGGUAGGAUAUUUGGAUGAAGAGAAGAGGUAUAGUCAAUUAAAAUCAUUUUUGGAGGGUGAAACAAACGUUUUGGUGUGUACAGACAUCGCUUCUAGAGGGAUUGACACAAAAAUGGUUGACCAUGUGAUCAACUUCGAUUUCCCAAAUCAUGUAUCUGAUUACAUUCAUCGAGUUGGGCGUGUAGGGCGGGUGGGAGCCAAAAACACAGGUCAGGUGACCAACUUCAUUGUAAACCCGUGGGAUGUUGACCUGGUCUGGAAGAUUGAGAUAUCUGCUAGGAGACAGAUGGAGCUCACAAACGUGGAUGCCAACAUUAAACGCAAAGUCAACAGAAUACAACCAACCAAAAAGGGCCUUGAGUUACAGGAAACAAAAAUAGAUGACAGUCCAGUGUGACCUUCACAUUAACUAUUAUGUGAAGAAGUGCCAACAGUCUGUUACACGGGAGACCAAAUGACUUUUUUGCUGCGACAGAGAUUGUCCCUUCAGCUUGAAGGGUGUUCUGUAGCACAAAAAACAUCUGCAUUGAUGGAACUUUACUAUUGUCGCUGACAGAGCUUGACACUUGAAAUGUUACUGUUAAAAUACUGAAAUUUAUGUAGUUUUCUUCCUUUAUUAUAUCCUCUUCAGAGAAGAUGGGUGUAUUAUUUUAGACAUCUUGGUUUACAGUCAGUCAAUAGGGAACAUGAUAGCCUUUAGCUGUCCUGAUGAACCCUACUGAAUUUUGGUCAGUAAGUCUGUGAUAGGAAAUAGUAUGGAGACAGUGCUGAAAGCCAUUUGAAAAAAUACCAAAAAUAGAACAAGUAUUCUUAUUGAUGUUUUAAUUCCAGCAAAAUGUAUUAACUACAGAUCAAAUGUGAAGUUUUACCCUGUAAGUUAACAACCACCAAUUUGAUUGACAACAGUUCUGUGUAACAUACAUCGGUAUAUGCACGUCACCAAAUACACAGAAAAACAGUAUUCUGCUAAUAGUCAGCUAUCUGUCGAAAAAUAGAAAAAGGUUGAGUAAUGUUUGUGCACACAAGGUUCAUCAGCCAGUCUACACAUUAUGAUGAUUGCUUCUUGAAAGGAACAGAAGAAACAAACUGUUGAUCAAAAUUACAAUUGUUGUUACAUGUAUUGUAAUAAAUUGUUGACUGUCAUGUUUCUCAACACAUGACUUUGAACAAAUUGACCAAUAUUUAAUUAAUAAAUUUGAAAAUAUUCAGUCCAUUUUGUUAAGGAAUCUGAAAUAUCAUAGAGUAACCAAAUAAUAAAGUGGAAAUUAAAAUUGAAGCCAA